UAAAUGCACAAGAUUGUUACUUAAUUCACAUAAGAAGAAAAACCGUAAAUUAAUAAAAUAAUUACUGUUUCUUUGAGUUCAGUUCGAGUUUUGGGUCACCUGGUAUAUAGAAAUUGGUUAGAGUUUUUGACCGUCCCUUGUAGAUUCAAGAUGGUGGCUCACGUAGGAGAUAGUUUUUGCAAGAGGUUUAUUUUAUAUUCAUAGAUUUUGUAACAAAAGUCCAACCAAAAGUAUGAGUUCCCGAAGAUGGUUUUGGCCCACAAUCAGUGGGAUAGAGGCUGAAAGAGUUUUAAUGGAAAGAGGAGUUGAUUGCAGUUUCUUGGCAAGACCUAGUUCAAAUAAUCCCGGAUCGUUCACGUUAUCAGUCAAGAGAAAUGGAGAGGUUACCCACAUUAAAAUCCAAAAUUCUGGAGACUUUUAUGACCUGUAUGGCGGCGAGAAAUUUGCAACUCUCUCAGAGUUGGUGCAGUAUUAUAUGGAAAAUCAGGGGCAACUUAGGGAGAAAAAUGGGGAAAUUAUCGAACUUAAGUAUCCCCUGAGCUGUGCCGACCCCACAACUGAGAGAUGGUUUCAUGGGCAUUUGUCCGGGAAAGAAGCAGAAAAAUUAAUUCUAGAACGAGGUAAAAAUGGUAGCUUUUUAGUGCGAGAAAGUCAAUCGAAGCCUGGCGAUUUUGUUCUUUCUGUUCGAACCGACGACAAAAUGACUCACGUCAUGAUUAGAUAUUCCGAUAAUCAAUACGAUGUUGGUGGCGGCGAGAAAUUUGAUAGUUUGGCUGAACUCAUCGAGUAUUACAAAAAGAAUCCGAUGGUCGAAACUUCAGGAACAGUCGUUCACCUGAAACAGCCUUUCAAUGCAACUAGAAUCAGUGCUUCGGGGAUUCACUCCCGAGUCAAACAAUUGCAAAACGAGAAUGGUCCCAAUGGCAUGGGCAAAGCCGGCUUUUGGGAGGAAUUCGAAUCGUUGCAACAGCAAGAAUUCAAACAUUUGUAUUCACGGAAAGAGGGUGUUAAACCAGAGAAUAGAAACAAGAAUCGGUACAAGAAUAUUUUGCCUUUUGACGAUACACGAGUCAAGUUGAAAGAUGCGGAUCCUAAUGUUCCCGGAUCGGAUUACAUUAACGCGAAUUACAUUAAAUGGAAAGCUGAUUAUUGCGGAGGGAACGAAUUAGGAAGUGAUCCAAGCGGAAAAGUGUACAUUGCAACCCAAGGCUGUUUACCUUCCACGAUCGCCGAUUUUUGGCAAAUGGUAUGGCAGGAGAAUUGUAGAGUUAUAGUAAUGACAACCAAAGAGACUGAACGAGGCAAAACGAAGUGUGCCAGGUAUUGGCCGGAUCAGGGAACAAAAGAGUACCGAAAAAUUAAAGUGAAGAUAUUGAUGGAGUCGUCCACUCCACAUUACACUCUUAGAGAGUUUCUAGUUAGCAUGGAUGGAACAAAUUGUGAGAGAAAAGUUUACCAGUACCAUUUUCAGGCAUGGCCGGAUCAUGGCGUGCCUUCAGACCCAGGCUGUGUUUUAAAUUUUUUGCAUGAGGUUAAUAAGAGACAGGAAAGCCUUCAGCAAGAGCUUCCAGAUAAUCCCCCAGGUGCUAUUUUAGUGCAUUGUUCUGCUGGUAUUGGAAGAACUGGCACUUUUAUUGUUAUUGAUAUGAUCUUGGACCAGCUUAAGAAAUACGGUUUAGACUGUGAGAUAGAUAUACAACGCACAAUUCAGAUGGUUAGGUCCCAACGUUCUGGAAUGGUUCAAACUGAAGCCCAAUAUAAAUUUGUUUAUUUAGCAGUACAACACCAUAUAGAGACAACUACUGAAAGAAUGAAGGCUGAACAAAAAUCAAUGCAAAUAGGCCGGGAGUACACAAACAUAAGAUAUAGCAGCGAUAUAGGCAGCACGUUAUCGUCAUCGGCGACGAGUGGUUUAGGAAGUACAACUUCGCUGUCUAGUCGGUCUUCCACAUUGGCCCACUUUCCGACCCCAUCUCCCAAUUCUGUGAUUUUAAGAGGCGAAACAAAGAAGCCACCUCGAGCUGUGUCAGAUAUUCCAUUGCCCAGGCUCAUUUUAGAUGUUGAGUGUCAUGUGUAGUAUUAAUUGACGACUUUGUUCGACAGUGGCACCGGUUCACAAAAUUUGCCGCCUGAUGAUUUGGUGAAGCCUACUCUGUAUGAGAACAUUCCUGUCAGCGAACGGAAACAUUCAGGGACUUCGAGCUCUUUGAAUUGUCCUGUGCCGCCUCCGCGGAAGGCGACGUGACAUAGACGAACUUUUAAUUCCAAAUUUACUUCAUGUACCUUCUCAGUGUGCUAGGAAAAAUUAUCAAGUCAAAUUAAGAUGCAUUGUUCAAGAGCCUAGUUGAUGUAUCAUUGUUAAAAGAAUGCCAGUAUUUACAACCUUGAAGAGAUUGUGAGUGUUACUAAAAGUACCUACCCUUUAAGUAACACAAUCUGACGAAAUUAUUUUUAGAGCACAGUUGUAUAUAUUCAAUAUAAUUAUACCACCAUACGUAUUUUUAUCUUGAAUGUCUCGAUUAACAUGUGUAUUUUAUUUUUAUUUCUUAGUUUUGCCAUUUCGCUUUUGAUGCCUAAAGCAACGGUAAGUAUUUUAGGCAUACGCUUUUUGUUUGAUUCAUUUCCAAAGAUCUGAAGAGAGUUUAAGCUUAGUUGGCAACAAGUCACUUGGUGAUUUUUCAUGAUUAUUUUUAAGUUUAAGUAAAUUGUGUAUUUUUAUAUUUUUGCUAAAUUAUUUAUAUAUUCAAAGCACACUUAGUGAUACACCUUCUUAAUACAGGUGGGGUGCUAUUUAUGUUCUUUUUAUUACCACCUGUAUCAAAUACAGAUUUGACAAUAUUAUAUCUUAUCUUUAAAUAGAUGUUUGCAUAAAACAGUUUUAUUUUGAUCGUUUUACAACAAACUGGUGCUAAGUUUUGCUUCUUCUGUUAUCAUAAGAAUUUAGUCAGAUCAAAGGUUUUGUCAACUUUCUGUCGUCUACAAUAUAUGUUUAGAAAUU